GGUUAGUGGUGGGAUGUCAUCAAUGAGACAGGCUGCGGCGCCCUUCCCGCCCCUAGAGUAACUAACACAACAGAUACCUCGCACUCUGCAAAAGUGUUCAGGUAUAUUUGACUUUAUAUAUCUGAUUCUUUAUAUACAAUCUUAUUACCGCUUCUUGGUGUUUUCUCUGUAGUUUACUGAAAUGGCCAUUCGACUGGAGAACGUUCACUAGAGAUGUAUAUAUAUAUUUAUAGACUAUCCACUUUGGCUCCGUUCUCCCUUGACUCAGCUCCAUAUUCGCGAGCCUUCCAACGUAAUGCUCACAGAGCUCUCACAACAUACAGACUCUCUAUUCCUCUUCCACAUUCUGUACCCAGUAAACUAGACGGCCUGCUUAGGGGCUACGCGCAUAGUCAUGGCAGAACGUACUGCUCUUUACCAGGACUUAUCUGGAACCGUCACCCCGCUUCCGGAGGGAAGCAAUCCAUACCAGCCGCUUAUACUGGCCUCAAAUGAUGAUCCUGCUGAGCUGCAAGCACGCUAUGAGACCCAUCGUUCUACCAGGAAUGCGUUGCAGAAAGCAAAACUUCUGGACCCAAGCUUCGCAGGUUUCAAUUGCGAUGAGAUUCUUGCGAAACUGGAUGGCCCAAACAAAGACCCUGGGUUCGUAGACACGAGACAUUGUCUGGUAUUUUGGGCACGGCCACCACAACAUAUCAAGGCAAUGGUCGAUAUGAUACAACGAGAGAUUCGAGAGGUUGCUCCAACGCUUUGGUUCCCACCGCCUGAGAAUCUCCAUAUGACGACUCUUGAGAUUGCGAACACGUUAACUCGCGCACAGAUUGAGGAGCGUGUUGACGUUCUGCAACAGGCGGGCGCAGUGCCUGACAUUAUCAACUACACCUUUGAUCAUCGAGCACGUCUUAUCAAACCCAUGGUGAGCUACGACGCAUCAGCAAUGGCUCUUAGCUUCGUCCCCGCAGCUGGUGAGGCAACGGGUCCGAACCGCAGUGCGGAGGCUGAUCGAUAUACCUAUCAUCACCUGCGCCGGGAUGUCUACGACAAGAGUGUUGAGACGGGCGUUAAGAUUGGGUCUAGAUAUACUGUUCCAUCUGCGCAUAUUACAAUUGCUCGGUUCAUAACUGAAGAUGGAUUUUUGGUCAAAGAUGUACCCGAUGGCCAGAAGAGGAUCGCACAUGAGCGGGUGAAGGAACUUAUUGAGAGGAUAGAGAGAAUUAAUGAACGACUGCAGACUGAAUUCUGGCCCCGCGAGGAUGGCACUAUCAAGCGGGGUGGGGAAUGGAUUGUGGGCGAAGAAAAGGGAUUGGAUUUUCACAAGGGAACGCUGUGGUAUGGAAAGGGCGACAGGAUUGUGAUAGGAAAAGGAUUCUGACACCGUGUUGAGAGAUGCCUCCAUUUAAUUUAAGCCAUGUUUAGAAGCAAGAUAAAUAGGUAGGUAGCUUAGAUGAGAUUUCAGCAGUGGCAGUUCCUAGCACAAAAGUCAAGAAAUCAAAGACUUUCACUGUUGUAUCCAACUGUCACCAUAUAAUUGCAAAACAGUGGGCAGAUAUGAAUAUUCAUUUG